UGGGGACUCCUCCAAGAUACACGUUUCCAUGCUGACUUACGUAGGAAGGACGAAGGAGUGUACCAACAACCCAACAGAAACAUAGGCAUGGCGUUACGGCGGUGUUAACAAAGCACUAAACAGCUAUGAGCUCCACCGUUGAAUCCAAUCCAACAGAUUGCUCUUCUUAUUCAAUUCUACCCCUCUUCCAUUUCACUUUCUUUAACUCCAAUCCAAUUUCCUCAUGAAACAUUCGAAAUUCACUACAUUUUGAUCUCCUUUUUCUAACGAUAAUUGGCUCUGCUACAUUUCCUGUUUAGGGUUUGAGAAUGAAAGGGUUGGAACUGUGGAUGCGAGAUUUAAUCGCCUCAUCCGGAUCGCAGCCGGAAAGAUCAGUGGCGUCUACCGAUUUUGUAACCGGUGGAUUGUUUCUUGAAUCAGCUAGUGUUCCUUCGUCCAUAGCUUCCUUCGUUUCGCUACACACCACUGGUUCGAUUGUAUCGAUUUCUUGUUCAUCGAGACGGCGGAGAACUCGCCGGCGGCGUGGUGGAGGUGGGUUUUUGUCGGUGACCUUGUCGAUAAAAGAUGGUAGUGUGGGGGAAUCUAGUGUUAUUUUGGGUGGGGAAAAUGAAAAUGAAAAUGGGGAGAAACAUUUGGAGGAAGAGGAGAUUAAGGUACAAAAGCAAGGGGGUGCUUUCAAUACUACAAAGCAUCUUUGGGCUGGAGCUAUUGCUGCCAUGGUCUCAAGAACUUUUGUUGCACCACUUGAGAGACUAAAGCUGGAGUAUAUGGUUCGUGGAGAACAGAAACAUCUUAUCGAGCUUAUACAGUCAAUUGCAGCUUCUCAAGGGAUUAAAGGCUUUUGGAAAGGAAAUUUUGUCAAUAUUCUUAGAACGGCCCCAUUUAAGGCCAUCAACUUCUAUGCUUAUGAUAAAUACAGAAGUGAACUGCUGAAGCUAACUGGGAAUGAAGAAACAACUAAUUAUGAAAGGUUCCUUGCUGGUGCUGCUGCCGGAAUCACUGCUACCGUACUCUGCAUACCCAUGGACACUAUCAGAACAAAAAUGGUGGCACCUGGAGGAGAAGCCUUAGGAGGUGUAAUUGGUGCUUUUCGCCAUAUGAUCCAAACCGAAGGGUUUUUUUCCCUAUAUAAAGGCCUAUUACCUUCUAUUAUAAGCAUGGCACCUUCAGGGGCAGUGUUUUACGGAAUUUAUGAUAUAUUAAAGUCGGCUUAUUUGCAUUCACCGGGAGGAAGGAGAAGACUUCAACAUAUGAAAGAUUCAGAGGAAGAAUUAAAUGCUUUGGAGCAAAUGGAAUUGGGUACUGUUAGAACGUUGAUAUAUGGUGCAAUUGCUGGAUGUUGUGCUGAAGCUGCUACAUAUCCCUUUGAAGUUGUUAGAAGACAACUUCAGAUGCAAGUUCGUGCCACAAAAAUGAGUGCAAUGGCAACUUUUUUGAAGAUAAUUGACCAAGGUGGCGUUCCUGCUCUCUAUUCAGGAUUGACUCCAAGUUUAUUGCAGGUGCUACCAUCAGCUGCAAUAAGUUAUUUUGUUUAUGAACUUAUGAAGAUAGUUCUCAAAGUUGAAUCAGAGUAAGGGUCACCUGGUUUUCUUUUUCUUAUUUCCAAAAUGGACUUUUUGGUAGGAUUUUACUAACAUGAUGUCUGAUUGCAAAAAUAAUUGGUAUUUUAGUAGCUAUUUGUGGUGUAUGUUGGCUUUGGAAUGUCAUUUAUUCUUGGGUUUCUUUCAUUCUCUCUUUUAUCAUCAAGGAUUCAUCUUUUUAC